CAAAAUAUAGAGACAUCAUUCUAAGUUCUUUGUUUAAAGAAUAUUAAUUCUUUCUAAAAUGUCUCGCUUCGUAGUCCUCGCUAUCUUCAUCCAGGCUUGCCUGCUUCAGAUGGUUCUGAGCCAGACUUGCGGUUGUAACCAAUACUCAUAUGGUUCGUCCGGACUGAGCUCACAGAGCUGCGGCUCUUACGGCGGCACCGGCACCGGCCAGGUGGGCGUGUCCGGCAACAUCGACGCGUGCGGCAACACCUGCGUGGUCGGCUCCGUGCCCGUGCUCGGCUCCGUCGACUUCGGCGGAUGCGUGCCCGCCUGCGGCUCCGUGUCCAUCAAGGGACAGUGCGGAUGCGGAUGCCAAUGAUCUGCUUACUUUAGUCAAAAAAUCCUAAUUAAAUAAAGAUUUGUUAAAAAAUA